AUGGCCAGUGACGGUGGUGGUGGCGCUGGCGAUGGCAGUGGUGCAGGUGAUGAAAACUUGUCUUCGUCUUCUCCGAGGAACAGGGUGAAGUUUUUGUGUAGCCAUGGUGGGAAAAUAUUGCCCAGAGCCGUUGAUGGUAGCCUAAAGUACAUGGGUGGCGAGACACGUGUCAUUGCUGUGCCUCGUGAAAUCAAUUUCUCCAAGUUAAUGAAGAAGAUUGGCACAAUGUAUGAAGGAGACAUGGUUCUGAAAUACCAGCUGAUUCCUGAGGAUUUCGAAUCCCUUGUAUCCGUCCGAACUGAUGAAGAUCUCAGGCAUAUGCUCGAGGAAUACGAUCGUCAAGAUACUGAAGGCAAUCCCAAGCUGCGAACCUUUCUCUUCCCCUCAAAUCCUGUCAUACUCGAGAACCAAGCCGGGUCCAUGGAUCCCCAUGCCAUCGAACAACGCUACAUCGAUGCCAUCAACGGCCUUGUCCGUACAACCGGUCACUGGAAGCUCCCUCCAAUCAAUGCCACCCGUUCUCCCUUCGGCAUUUCCUCCGCAUGUUCGUCCCCGAAAUCCACCUCCCCGGAGAGCAUCACCAUCGAUUCUUUCCCUCCCGACCUCAUCUUGAACAUGGAGUGUUACCAGAGCAGUGGACUUCCGAUGCACAGGGUUCAAAGCUCGCCAAGUCUGUGUGGUUUUGGAGGCGGUGUCAGCGGUAGCGGUUUCCAUGGCGUGAAUAGCAACCAUUUCCACCAACUUCCACAUCAUUUUUAUGCGAACCAUCAGCAGCAGCAACAGCAGCAGCCGCCAUACGCGCACGGUUACCAGGGUCACAGGUCUCAGUUUGCGUCGUUGACACAGGCGGAUUUCCUGAGGCCAUCGCAGAUGGGGCAUGGCCAACAUCCGUUCUACACAAGAAGUAACUCAACAAAUAGGAGUCUUUUAGGAAUUGGGAGUCAUAGUAAAUACGGAAUUGAUGAGCCAGUUUAUGGAAUUAGGAUGCCUCAGAGAGCUGGUAGUCUUCCACAUAGUCCAAAGGGUAAGAUUAAGGAAAGAAAGAGAUCAAUUGAUCAUUAUAUGGAUCAGAUGAAUUAG